AAUGAAUCCUGUAGUAAAGCGCUUCCCUCAUACUUUGUGCCUUUUCUCUGGUCUUCAAGUUGCUGUAUAGUUCUAGCUCGAGGGUACGGAACUAGCUUAGGGAAGGAAAUAUAGAGUUCACAAUCGGCCAGACGUAACAGUUUACUCCCGUAAAAAUAUGAAAAUGACCUGGCUGUCGACACGUGGUGUCACUGUCUAGGGCUGAAAGUCAAGUUAGUUAAUUCCAAUAUUCAUUCACAUAUUUGAAACAUGAUUUGUCUUAUAAGUUACUGAUAUGCGAAGGAAUUAUAUAUAUGUCGUGGAUUAGUUGACAUUUCAUCUAGUGACGGUUUCAAAUUAAGUAAGUUGUCCUUAUAUAGCCUGUCGGUCAGCUAAUCAAAACUUGAAGAGUUAUUCGCUACCAGUAAACCCAGUAAGUUUUAAAACUACUGUACAAUAAUCUUUUUUAACGUGAUCAACUAUACUCACCAAAUAUUCAUUGACGAUAUAAUUUAAUUAUUGUAUUCGAGAUUUGGUCAACUUAUUCUGCAAAUAUUUCCGAGUUAAGUAAUAUACCCGUGGAAAGUAUUUAAUACUUAAGUGGUAGACGAUUGAAUGUCACUUAACUACAUCCAUGAUCAUACUGUUACUAUUGAAUAAUACAACAGUUAAGUUCAUUUACUUUAUUCAAAAAAUAAAUCAUAUGUUUUGGAGUAAGUUUAAAUGUCUGUUAACCCGAAAACUUUAAUGAAAUUUUUUCUAUUAUUUCAGUUAUAGCUUUAACCAAAACUUAAAUGUGUAACAUAAGAAGGCUUCCAUAUAGAAAAGUACUCAGGUAAAAUUACAUCUCUUUUAUCUGUUACAUCAAGAGCGUGAUUCUUAAUAAUAACUACUCCUAAUAUGAACUAUAAAUUCUCACGUUGAACACCAAAACCCAUCAUUACUAAUCGUACCUCCUUUUAGCUGCAAAAUCAAUAACUUCAAUUAACGUUUCCAAAGUAGUUAUUAAGAUAAAAUGCUUCGUAUGCUUCAAAAGGAACACGUUACCAAGUUUAGGCUGAAAGUUAUCUGAAGGGCCUUCAAGUAGGUACGUAUUUUUAUUUUAAAUAAAAGAAAUAUUUAAUAAUGAAGUUGGAAGCAUUUUGUUUGUUUUGUACUUAAAUAUUUUAGGUAUUAUACGUGUACUAGUGUGAAAUGGUUUAACAUAAAAACAUGUUCUUUAUAGACAUGGUUCCUAUAAAAGCUAGGGAACUAUGAAAAUACUACGUUAGAUGAAGUCAGAACGAGAUUAAUGCAUUUGCAUACACUUUUGUAUGUUAUUCAUUGCUUUUAUUUCAUGUGACUGUGAUCUAGAUAAAUCUAAUCCAUAGGAUAUCAAAAUCUUAGUCUGAAACAAUCGGCACUAAUACACAUUUAGGUGAUACAUACAUGGUCGAAUAAAUUACAAUCCAAUAAAACUAAGCUAUCAGUGACAUUUUUCCAUACCAAGUUUCGCUGUUUCCUAAAACUGUCAUCAAUUUUUAAACAUAUAACUUAUUUUAUCUCUCCACUCCAUGUUUAAUCAGAAAUACAGCAAUUCCAAAUAAUUAUAAGUUUAAUUCUGUGAUUGUAAAGUUAAUGUUACGUAAUCAAAUACAGAACUUUACCAAAGACAACUAGUUAUUCGGAUCUUACAUUUGGAAAUCUGACCAAAUUUUUCUAUACUGAAGCUAUAAUCACUGUUCACACAUGUAUUGUGUUCUGCAGAAGUAAAUAAGUUGGCCAUCGCCAAAUGUGAAAAUGAGUAUGUAAAACUAAGUUAAAUAGUCACAUAUUACCAUUAGUUUGUUUUCGAUUUAGCUUGGAAUGAGUGCUGCUCCGGUUUACAAGGUCUAAUUUAUUUUAAAACUACGUUCUGCUUCUUUUGUAAUGAAUUUUGUUUAGCAACUUAUUGUAGAAUUCGUGACAGUGCUGUCAAGGUGAACAAACCGUACAAUUAUGAUCAAAUAUUAUUGUUUAAUGCUUUCUUAAAAGUACUCUAUAGUGAAAAACAGAGACAUUUUAUGUAUUUAUUUGUUUCACAGUCGUGACAAUUAGUUGAUAAAAUAUCAGACGAUGUGUGCAAAUCGAUUUCGAGAAGCCGGUGACUUCUUAAAAGUUUCAUUUUCUAAAGAACUGCGUAAAUUAUGUAGACCACCCAUCAUAAAUGAUUGAACAUUCUAUCUCGAUAGUACUAGUAAAUGUGUUACUUCUUAAUAUGAUUGCGAAGCAAAGCUAUGUGUAUUUCUAAAAUACUAAUAUUUCUGAAUGAUUUAUGUGGUCUGCUUUUAUGCUGCCUUAUUUACGUACAUCUUUUAUCUUCAGAAUCCAGAUGUUACACAGAGUCAGUUUUAAAUAACUGCUGAACAGAAAGUGAGUGGGUCAUCAUUAUUAUCUUAGACUAACCCAUAGUGAAUAUGCCCUGAAUAAACUAAAUUAAUGUAUAUCUCUUAUGUUUGUGCUUAUGGCUACUAUAUGAUUGUGUCGCUAAGUUCAGUCGUGAAGCUUUCAUCGAGGGAUAAUCAGUUUUAUUCUUAAAUGCUCAAACUGCUUGAAUGUAGAUGCUCUUCAAAUUUGACAUAGAAUAUCCUCUUUAUAGUUUACAACAACGUUACUAACAAACAAUAUACUUUAAAUCCAAAUGGAUUGGUUUAAUUUGUGGUAAUUGAACAUGUCAACAUUGGUAUUUUCAUUGUAGUUCACAUUUGAGCUAGUAUUUUAUGCUAUUUCACUUUCUCAUUUUCCUGUAACUUUUAAGACAAUCUACACUGGUUUGUUGACAAGACACAAAAACUAGCUUAAGGUGUUCCUGUGGAUUUUUAUGUGUUAUAGUGGUAUUUAUUAAAAUCAUUGAACAUAAACACUGGAGUUAGUGAUCUCAUACAAACCUUUAUUCUUAAGGCGUAAGUGCUUGUUACAAUGUUUUUUAUGGUAAACUACUACACUCAAAGAUAAAAAUACAGCAAUAUCAGAUAGAUGAUUAAUGCAUAAACACGAACCAGGAUAUUUGUAUUUUAAGGACAUUUUAGGGUAGAAACGCAUCACUGUCAGUAACAUUAUUCUAUGUAAAUAAGCUAUUUGAAGUUAUAUUAUCCUUUUCCGUAAUACACAGAGUAAUGAGAAAGUUAACGGAUAAUAAAUAGUCGGUGACAAAGACGACAGGAUAUUUUUGUUCGUAACCGUAGUUUCCACGCUAAUAACUGGUAUUGGACCAGUUGACUCCACUGUUCAUCGUCUCAACUUACAGUCAAAAUUGAAAACAAUGAUAUCAGCCUACAUAUAGGCUAUAUUCUGGAAGCUACAUUAGAAAAACAAGAAUUCCAUCAUCAGUUCUUAAGUUUAGACAGUUGUUUUUAAAAUUUAAGAUGAAGAAAUUGUUAGAAAUCAUUCGGAAGUCUGCGAACGUUUAUUUAGCUUGUUUGUCGAACCCAGAAAUGGGUAUCAUUUAUGCCUUGCUUGGAGCUAAACGUAAAAAUAGGUAUAAGUAACUAACAAUCCUACAAAACGAUUCUCAGUAAGUAAAGGUUACAGUCAGUAGGUUUUUGUGGAUUAUUCUAUACUGAUGGUUCCAAAGUACGACGUGUCCCAAAAACGCAGUUGCACGAACGAUGGAUUUUGCAAGUCAGGCUUUGUUGCAUGAGGCAAGAGAAAAUAAAUCAGAGUGGAUGACGAUCCUGAGAAAGUUAAGCUUCAUGGGUAUUCGUUUGUUUAAUAUAACCAUGAAAACCGUUUAUGAUAUUAUGUUUUGUACAUAGAAGACUAACUUCUUCUGUUUGUAGAACACUGUUAACGAAAUUUUGACAUUGGCACAACAAACGAACCACAAUUAAAAAUAAUAUGAGGACACGAGUUAUUGCUGAAAACGUAUGUACACUUCCUUAUAUUUUGAUAUACAACUCUAUCUAUGGUCCUUUCUUAACAAAUAUUGAUCAGAAUUUUGUAAGUCAAUGUCAGUAGUGUGACCUCUGUUUCGGCGAUUAGAAUGAAUGUGCUGCUUUUUAAUGCUUUUAUUAUCCCUUCAGAUGAGGUCGUGUAUUUUCCUGUAUAAUGAAGGCGUUAAUAGACCAUUAUUCAGUUAUCCUAGCCAGAUCACUGUAUUUUGAUUUACUUUAUUACUAUGAAUGUUUUAUAUGUACUUCAUACUGAAAGAUAAAUCCAAUUAAUAUUUGUCAAGCAUGAAAGUAAUUUAAUUAGUGCUAUGGUAAAUAGUUGAGAAAUAUUUUGAUGAAUAUGAUUUUUCAUCUUUUGUUUAUUUCAGUUAAUAGUUGGACGUCCAACUUUUUCACUCAUUAAUCGCAUAUCCUGUCGUUUCGAGGUUAACUAGUGUCAAACGAAUAUAUGCCCCAUUCGAAAGCGUGCUUGUUAGCAUUAGAACCCAGAUAUUUUUCUAUGUAAAUGAAAGUAUUUGUGGUGUUUAAUAUUAUUACUUCAAUACACUGAAUGCUCUUAUAGUGGUAGUUAACAACCACUGUUGGAACAAUAUCUGGAUUGAUGCAUACAGUUUAUUUUGUAACAUCCUCUUAAAAAUGUCAACAAAACUUUUACUCUGGAUAACAAUCACUUUGUAUGUUUUCACUUGGCAGACAAUCGAAGCAAUUAAAACUAAGUCAAAUGAAAUUUGUUCCACAUCUCAAAUCAGUAGAAUCCGCUACUCUAUAGAAACUAUGGAGAAUAUAUUAAGUCAGUGUGAGGAUGCUGCAUUUGCUGGCGCGUACGCUAAACGUGGUCCAGAACCAUUAUGGGUAGUAGAAACUAAAUGAAUAACCUUUAAUGCUUGAUGAGCAAAUAACUUUAAAAUGUAUUGUUCAAUUUCAAUUAUUUUAUUCAUCUGAGACUAAAUCAAUUUUUAUGUGAAUCAUUUUACUUAACAGAAUAAAAACAAACGUUCCUGUUUGAACCC